GUCCAUAGACCAAAGCGCAACUCGUUUAUUCAAACGAGAUUCAUUGGUGCGGGAAAGACGUACCAAAAGCCGGUACACAGAGACUAAUUGACGGACCUGCGGAGGAUCCCAAGCCAGCUCACCAUAUAAACCCAUAGUAGACGACACGACAAUGGAAGGCUCCGGAAAGCCAGUGGAGCACGACAGAAGAAUGUCAAUUAUUUCCCAAGCAAGUAUGGCUGUAUCACAACUACCCAAGGAGAAUUUGCAGGAAAUAAAAAGUUAUGCAAAGCCUCCUGAAGCUGUUAAAGAAGUACUAUCGGCUGCUAUGUUAUUACUUGGUCACCAGGAAUCGGAAGUGAAUUGGAAGAUGGUUCAGAAAUGUCUUGCUAAACUAGGAGAGGAUUCAUUACAACAGAGAGUAGCAGAUAUGGACCUCGAAAAAAUACCACAGAAGAACACAGAGAAGGCCAAAGCAAUACUGUCAAAAUAUGACGCAGAUAAGAUAGCAAAAAUCAGUCUUGCAGUCAAGGCAAUUUAUGUUUGGGUUGAUGCCGUGACUGAAUACUAGGCGACAUCAGAGUACUUCACGUGAACACUUUUCUUCAUUUAGACACUGUUAAGAAAACGGACAUAUUACAUGUAAUUGUUACAUGUUUGAUUUGUAAAGCUACUGGAAGGAUAUAACAUGUAACGUUACUACGAUGUCUGAGCUUCAACCUUUUAUUUAUAAUAAUAGCGAACAGAAAAGUAGCAGUACAGGAGAGAGAGAGAGAGAGAGAGAGAGAGAGAGAGAGAGAGAGAGAGAGAGAGAUUAGUUCUAACGUUAUAACAUUAUGGUUUUAUCAUGGUGUAAUAUUGCCUCAAUACUGUCACUACAUCUAUUUGUUUUAUGUCAUACAUGGUAUCCUUUGACCAACUGACGUUAAAUUUCAAGGCGACAUCACUUGAAUGUUAAAGAAUAUAUUCACGGUGUUGACAUUAUCUUUUAUUACAGAAAAGUGUGUAAUUUUAUAAGCAGUUAUUGUUGUUUUUACGUCAAAAAGUAGAUUGGACCGCUAGUGCAUUACUACGUUUAUUAAAUCGCCUCUAGGUUUAUUCCAUGGGAUGGCAUUCAACUCUAAUAAUUACAGUUGUUAGCAAACACGUCACUGGUAAUUACGGUGCCUGUUAUACUAAACUGAAUGCAAAAGGAACAGAGUUGUAGAGCCGGUCUACGUGUUUAUUGAACAACCCUCAUACUAGAAUACAUCAGCGAAAAUAAAAAUGAUAUGUUCACUGUUUCAAAACAGUGUACCGGAAGCUUUCUUGAAAACACAACACCAUUAUAACAGUUCUAACAUUUUUAUUUCUUAAGAAGAGCAAUGCACAAUUUCUUAUAAAUAUUCGGUUGAAUUUCAAAGAUGUAAUUAAUUUUCAACAGUUCU